AUGAAAGCCUUUUUCCUCAUCUCCCUCACCUUAAUUACCACUUCAUUAUUCACCACCUUCUCUUUCUCCCAUGAAGCAUCAGAAGCUUCCGUGAAAACCGACUUGGAAACCUACAUUGUGGUUGUAGAGAAACCAGAUGGCCUACUAGAAUCCAAUCUACACGACUGGUACACCACAUUCCUCCCAGAAGCUACUUCAAGCUUAAUUCCAAACCAACGACGGAUCGUCCACUCCUACCACAAUGUUAUCACAGGCUUUGCUGCUAAGCUCACUCCGCAAGAGGCCAAAGCAAUGGAACUGAAGGAAGGAUUUAUUUCAGCUAGAGUUGAGCGACCUGUCUCCCUUCACACAACCUUCACUCCCAAGUUCCUCGGCCUGCAACAGAAUGUAGGAGGUUGGAAGUCCUCACAUUACGGCGAGGGAGUGAUCAUUGGCCUGAUCGACACGGGGAUAAAGCACGAUCACCCUUCUUUCUUCGACAAAGGCAUGCCUCCCCCGCCAGCCAAAUGGAGAGGCAGGUGUGACUUCAAUGGCAAGCGAACGUGUAACAACAAGCUUGUCGGUGCUAGAAACUUCAUAUGGGAUGGGGAUGCCCCGGUGGAGGCUAUACCCCAUGGGAGUCAUACUGCAUCGGAAGCUGCAGGGAGCCCUGUAGAAGCCGCCAAUGUGUUUGGACAAGCGAACGGGACAGCCAUGGGGAUCGCGCCAAAAGCCCACUUGGCAAUGUACAAGGUCGGCAUUGAGAGUAGCGCAUUGGCAGCAAUGGAUGCAGCUAUUGAGGAAGGCGUUGAUGUGCUCUCAAUCUCAAUGAGUUACUCCAAUGGUAGUGUACCUUUCUUCGACGACGUAUUUGCAUUGGGAGCAUUUAGAGCCAUCCAGAAGGGUAUCUUUGUGAGCUGCUCUGCUGGAAAUGGUGGACCUUCUCCGAAUACAGUAACCAACGCCGCGCCAUGGAUUCUAACCGUCGGAGCAAGCACGAUCGAUAGAGAGAUCAGGGCGACGGUUGAGUUGGGGAACAAUGUGGAGCUCUAUGGCCAAUCCCUCUUCCUGCCUGAAGGCUUCCAUACAAAGCAGCUGCCACUUGUCGACCCUGCUUCCAAUGGUGAAUCUGCAGCAUUCUGUGAGAAAGGGUCACUGAAGAACAUUGAUGUUAAGGGCAAGAUAGUCAUAUGCCAGGCAAGUUUUCCAGAGUGGAGAAUCUUCCAGGGGCAAGAAGUUAAGGACAAUGGUGGAGCAGGCAUGAUCUUGAUCAAUGGUGUUGAAGAUGGUGACACUAUUAUUCCUGAUGCUCAUGUUCUCCCGGCAUCAUGCCUCGGUUACAAGGAUGGAUUGCUAGUCAAGGGUUACUUGAACUCCACGUCAUCCCCAACCGCAGCAAUCUCAUUCCAAGGUACCUUGAUCGGCAAGUCGAAAAUCGCUCCACAAGUCGCCUCGUUCUCCUCCCGAGGUCCUAGCCUGCUAUCUCCCGGGAUCCUGAAGCCGGACAUCAUUGGCCCCGGGGUCAACAUUCUGGCUGCUUGGGCGGAAUCUGUCGACAAUGCUACUAACUCAUUCAACGUGGUCUCUGGAACUUCAAUGGCUUGCCCACAUCUGAGUGGAGUUGCAGCCCUCAUCAAAAGUGCUCAUCCGAAUUGGUCCCCUGCAGCCAUAAAGUCGGCCAUCUUAACCACAGCUUACACGGGCGAUCUCGGUGGCAGCCCGAUCUCCAACGAGCAGAAUGUUCCUGCUACCGUUUUCGACAUGGGUUCGGGCCAUGUGGACCCAUCCAAGGCACUGAACCCCGGGCUGGUUUACGACAUCGAACCGGAUGACUACAUUCCUUACCUCUGUGGGUUGGGUUACAGCGACAAGCAAGUGAGAACGAUCGUGCAGCGAAAGGUGAAUUGCUCAUCUUCGAUACCGGAGGCUCAGCUGAACUACCCGACAUUCUCGAUCUCGCUGGCUCCCGGUGAUAAUCAGACGUACACUAGAACGGUUACUAACGUUGGUCGGGCUAACUCGAGGUACAUGAGCGUGGUUGUUACAUGGAAAGGGAUCAUUGGUGUUGAAGUCACGCCUAAUGAGAUCGAGUUUAAGGAGGUGGGAGAGAAAGCGAGUUACUCUGUUACGUUUACUAGGUUGAGGAAUGUGGCAACAAGUAACAGUAGUACUACUAGUUUUCGUCAAGGCUCGGUGGUCUGGUCUGGUCAUGAUGAUGAUGGUGGUAAGUAUGUGGUUACUAGCACCUUUGCGGUCGUCUUUAUUUGA